AUGGGAACUUCAGCUAGAUACUGGCCUGGUGGCAUCCCAGACACUAUUCGGUUCCAUCCGCAGCCAAUUCUGAGUUCGCUGAAACAAGUCGUCAAAGGCUGGCAACUCUUCCUCGAGGAAAAUGUAGUACCACGCAGCUCGACAGAGCAAGACCACGCCUUUGAAACUCGGCAGCGCCAAAAACUGAUGCAGCAAUGGGUUUCCCUCACCCAGGCCGAGCGCGACGAGUACCAAAGCUGCGCUCCAGUGCGGCCCAAGGAGUCAUGGUACCCUCCAGCACUGAGGAGUAGAACCGGGGCGCCCAGGGAAACCAUCACCAUGGUCAACUGCAUCGCGCCGUGGCCGCUGAGCCCGCGCAACCGGGCGCUGUGGACCAAGCUGCGCAUCAUGCUGUACUGCCUAGACGGCGACAGUGGCGCCCUGUUUGGCGAGCACGACGGCGAGGUCACGGCCCCCGAGCCCAGCCCGGCGGGCCCGAAUCCGCUGACGCCGCAGGAGUUUCUCAAGUGGUGCUAUGUAGAAAAUGCCAACUUUGAUCACAUUGCCAUGACGUCAGACGGCACCGUCGUCUGUCACAACUGGCAGGGCAUUCUGCUGUUCGCGGACCAGGAGGCCCUGGAUACGGGGCUCAUGCUCCUCUGCCACAUCGAGAACAAUGGCCAAGUCAUGUGUCAGGGCCGAGUCUGGCCCGUGUUGAUGAAGGAUGCCUAUGUGGCCAUGAUGGCAUCGGGCAAGCCCGUCGAGGCAAUCCUCGACCAAGACAUGUUCAAGGGGCCCGUCGAGUUUAGAAGGGUGAAUAUGGAGGAUCCGAUUAUUGAUAUUCUCGAGUCUCAGUCUGCGUACCUCAAUAACGCAGAUAUUGAUGUUUGGGAAGAGGCGAUUGACAGGUGUGCGCCUGGCUAUCUGGAGAUGGAAGAAGCAGCUGAGGGUAUGGUAUUUGAUUAUGAUCACGCAAAAUUCAGAUCGCAUAAAGAACUCGAACAAAUGCCAUGGAGUGACGAACAAUAG